AUGAAGUCAGCAGCGUGGUGCACGCGCAGGCUCGGCAGCGCAUCGUCCGUCGACGAUUCGGCCGACGCAUCACCUCCGGAGGUUUACACAACGACCUCCGUUCGAUGUUCAAAUAUUGCCGCUGCUACCACCAGGAUAUCGUGCGGCGUUACCGCGAUCGUCGACGCGGCUACCACUGGCUGCGCCGUCACAACCACCAACACCAGUACCACCACCUGCCACUGCCAUUGUCCGUCAGGUCGUGACACCCUCGAGUGCGCCGACCCGUCCCAUUUUCUCUCCUCCUCGUCGACAAUGUCCUCAGCGUCGACAGGACCGAAUCGGACGACCACCAUCAGCAACAGCUGCGAGCUUUGCGAGCGUCUUCGUGGCCGCUGCGACUCGCCUGAACGAAGGACAAUCGGGGACCGUGAGACCAUACGACGCGGUGAACACGUGAGUCGCGAUCCCGACCACGCCAUGACUUUAUCCAGGACGUUUGAAGAACGUGACAGGUUCUGCCACGCUACCACCUCCACAUCCCCAUUCACGUCGAGGAGCUGCGGCCCGAGCGACGUGCGGUGGCAUUCGUGGACGGAAAGAUCGUUUAGGUGGACGAGGAAGGGGCCUUCGCUGGCCUGGACCAUUUUGUUCCUAUUGGUACUCGUGUUCCCCGCUCUGGCGGGACUUCAGAAGGGGAUUUCAAAGAGUUCCUCCAAAGAAGAUGGAGUGUGCCAAAGCAUAGACGUAAGAAACAGCGUGAGUUCGUUCUCGAAAUUGAACGGAUGCCGAAUAGUCGAAGGAUUCGUACAAAUACUACUGAUCGACAGCGCCGACCCGUCGGAGUUCGCCAACAUUACUUUCCCGGAACUGAGGGAGAUCACCGGAUAUUUGCUGUUCUACAGGGUGAAGGGUCUGCGAAGCGUGGGCCGGCUGUUCCCCAACCUGACGGUGAUACGAGGCCAUUCUCUCUUCAUCAACUACGCCCUGGUCGCGUUCGAGAUGAUGAGCCUCCAGGAGAUCGGGCUGCACAGCCUGACCACGAUCGUGCGGGGAUCCGUUCGGUUCGAGAAGAAUCACGCCCUCUGCUACGUGGACACGAUCGACUGGGACCUGAUCGGCAAGGCGGGCAAAGGGGAGCACGUGAUCGCGGGAAACAAUCCGAAGAACGGCUGCCCUGUGUGUGAGAAACACUGUCCGCAGAGAUCGCCAAAAUCGCAGGAGACUUUGUGCUGGAAUCAACAACACUGCCAACAAAUUUGCGAGCGGAAGUGCGAGAACAACGCGUGCGACAUAGCCGGCAAGUGUUGCCACCCGUCGUGUCUGGGUAGGUGCACAGGUCCGACGUCGAGGGACUGCAUGGUCUGCAAGGACGUGAUGACAGCCGAUCGGGAUUGCAGGGACAGCUGCCCAAACGCCACCCUCGAGUUCAUGAACUAUCGUUGCAUAGAGGAGAACAUGUGUUACCGUAUGGAGAAGCCGUUGGAGGCGUUCAACGUGAAGAAGAGCCUGCCGUACAAACCGUUCAACGGGAGCUGCGUGAUCGAGUGUCCCCCCGAUUACAUAGAGGAGGAGCUAAACGGGCGGCUGUUGUGUAAAAAAUGCGAAGGACCAUGCCAGAAGAAAUGCACCGGGGCGAACGUAGAUAGCAUAGCAUCCGCGCAACAGCUACGCGGUUGUACACGGAUCACUGGUAGUCUGGUGAUCCAGAUCCGCGGCGGCAAGAACAUCGUGAAGGAGCUGGAGGACAGUCUGAGCACCAUAGAAGAGAUCGACGGCAAUCUAAAGAUCGUGCGCAGCUUCCCCUUGAUCUCCCUGAACUUUCUCAAGAAUCUACGACUGAUUCGCGGCAACGACGUCGAGAACUCCAAGUAUUCAUUACUGGUGAUGGACAACCAGAAUCUACAGGAGCUAUGGGACUGGAGCUGGCACCGGGACAUAAAGAUCGAGUCGAAGGGCGAGCCAGGCAAGAUGUUCUUUCAUAUGAAUCCGAAACUAUGUCUGUACAAGAUCGAGGCGUUGCGCGAGAGGGCGGGGUUGAAGAAGUUCACCGACUACGAGGUGGCGCCGAACAGCAACGGCGACAAGGUGGCCUGUAACGUGACCGAGCUGAAAACCCGUGUAGGCAACAAGUCACCGUGGGGCGCGGUGAUCGAGUGGGAACCGUUCAUUCAUCAUGACGCCAGGUCGUUGCUCAGCUAUGUGGUGUACUUCAUCGAGGCCCCCAACAGGAACGUCACGAUGUACGACGGCAGGGACGCCUGCGGCGGGGACGGCUGGAAGGUCGACGACGUGUCCGUGAACAAGAACUACAGCCUGAUGGACCCAUCGUCGGUUCUCCGACCGGAGAAGAACGUGCACACGCAUUAUCUGUCACAGCUGCAGCCGUAUACCCAGUACGCGUACUACGUGAAAACGUACACGAUCGCGACGGAGAGAUCCGGCGCCCAGAGCAAGCUGACGUAUUUUCGAACGUUGCCAGAGGCGCCGAGCGUACCCAGGUCCUUCAAGACCUGGAGCACCUCGAGCAACGAACUUCGGAUGUCCUGGCUCCCGCCACUUCACAAAAACGGGAACCUUUCGCAUUAUCGGAUUUUUGGCCGAUGGGAGCCCGACGAUCCAAACUUCAUCGAUCAGAGGAACUACUGCGACGAACCGAUCCUGCUGACGGACAAGAAGGCGAUCUCGGCCGAGGAGGAGGAGAGGAAGAGGAUCGAGGAGGAGAAGGAGGAAACGAUCAUCGCAGAGAGCACCUGCGAGUGUGCCGAUCGCGAGAACGAUCAGUCGCUUCGAGAGAAGGAGGCUUCCAGCGCGAUCGCCUUCGAGGACGCGGUCCACAAUCAGGUGUACGUGAAACGUCGGUCGAGGAGAAAACGCGAUGUCGCGAGAGUCGCGUUGGUCGGUGGCGCGGAUAGAUCGCCGGAUCAGCCUGUCCUAGACAAAAUGGAGAACAACAGCUACAUAGUGUUUGAGCGGAACAUAUCCAGCACGAACCUUUCGUUCACGAUGAAAAAUCUCCGACACUUCGCGGUCUACAACAUCGAGGUGCAAGUCUGCAGGCAUCAAGAGAUGAACGACACCUUGAAGAAGUGCUCGACCAAGAUCAUGCGGACCUAUCGGACCCUGCCGCUGGAAAGCGCCGACAAUAUACCCCCUGAUUCGUUCAAGAUGCGAAUAUCCGGCGAGAACAACAGUCUCACCACAGUUACGCUUCAGUGGGACGAGCCUCCGCAGCCGAACGGGCUGAUUGUCACCUACCAGAUCGAGUACAAGAGGGUGGACGUACAAAACUACGGGCCGAAUGUGGUGUGCAUUACGAGGCUGAACUUCACGAAGGAGGGAAAAUCGUACGUGUUGAGGGACUUACCGGUCGGUAACUACUCGGUGAAGAUCAGAGCGACCAGCCUGGCGGGCAACGGCGCUUAUACGGAGGUGAAAUACUUCUACAUCCAGGAACGAAACAUCCUCAGCACAUUUUGGCUGGUCUUCUGGUUGCUGUUCUGCUUGCUGGUGCUGGCCACGUCGUUCGUGGUAUACUACUUCUUGAAACGGAAGUUCAUGGCCAACGUGGCGAACGCGACCCUGAUCGCUACGGUGAAUCCUGAGUACGUUAGCAUGCCGUAUGUGCUGGACGAAUGGGAAGUGCCCAGGGAGAAGAUCGUGAUGACCAAGUGCCUAGGGAAGGGCUCGUUCGGUAUGGUAUUCGAGGGAAAAGCCAAGGACAUCGUGAAGGACAAACCUGAGGUCCCGUGCGCCAUCAAGACCGUGAACAAGAACGCCACCGAUCGGGAGCGGAUCGAGUUCCUUAACGAGGCGUCCGUUAUGAAAGGUUUCGACUCGCACCACGUGGUCAAGCUGCUGGGUGUGGUGACGCGCGGUCAGCCGACUCUGGUGAUCAUGGAGUUGAUGGGAAAUGGAGAUCUGAAGACCUACCUGAGAGGGCACAGGCCUGACGCAGCGGACGAACAGCACCCGCCGCCGAAGCUGGAGAGAAUCAUUCAGAUGGCGAUCGAGAUCGCCGACGGUAUGGCGUACUUGGCCACGAAGAAGUUCGUGCACAGAGAUCUGGCCGCAAGGAACUGCAUGGUCGCAAAAGACCUGACCGUGAAGGUGGGCGACUUCGGGAUGACCAGGGAUAUAUACGAGAGGGAUUACUAUCGGAAAGGAAGCAAAGGCCUGCUACCCGUCAGAUGGAUGGCGCCAGAAAGUCUACAGGACGGUGUGUUCAGUAGCUCAUCCGACGUCUGGAGCUACGGUGUGGUACUAUGGGAGAUGGUCACAUUCGCGUCGCAACCGUAUCAAGGUUUAUCGAACGAUCAGGUUCUACGAUACGUCAUCGACAGAGGAGUGAUGGAGCGGCCAGAGAAUUGUCCAGAGUUGCUUUUCGACGUGAUGAAGCGAACUUGGAAGUACAGUGCGAGUAGAAGGCCUUCGUUCUUGGACAUCGUUACGACACUCCUGAAUCACAUCGACGUCGAAACCUUCCAGAAAGUCAGUUUCUAUCACAGCAAGGAGGGGAUCGAGGCUCGAAGUCAGAAUAGGUCGAACUCUUCGCAAACUGACGAGCACUUAGAACUUUCGACUCUGCAAGACCUGCAAGAGGAGGAGGUGGAGGGCGACGAGGACUCCCCGUUGCGGCAAGAUUUCGGCGACUUCGAGAGCUUCGAGCCAAGCAGCAUCAAGAACAGCUUCAGCCCUCACUAUAGAAUGGACUCGUACGGGGAGAACUCGAAGACGACCAACAUGAACAGCCACAACAUGAACUCCUCGAAUGUGCCGUUGAAGGCGGGUUUCGACGACUUCGACGGUGUUUCAGCGGGCUCGAUAGCCUCCGGAAAAGACACAUUGAAUCUGCCAUUCGUAGAGGACAGCCUGAAGUCGGUAAAGAGCUCGCCGUUCAUGAACGCGAAGAGCUCGUCCCGAAGCAACAUCAGCCAGCUGUCCGUGGACAACAAGUCCAUAAGCCCGAGGAACGCUGGCAAGAGGAGCUACCUGAACAGCCCUAACUCGUCCAAGAUUGCGAAUCCAGACUACGAAAAUGGCAGCCCAGAAAUCCUGUCGGCCGCUGAGAAGAAGGAGACGGUGCCGUUGCGGGUGGACUUCCCGUCCAUGGACGCAAUCGGCAUCGACCACGAGAUCGAGAAGAAGGACACGAUACCGAUCACGGAUUACGUGAACAAGCCAGAGACCCUGAACAACGGUUAUAUCGGUGGCACGACGACGUAGUCUUAACGCGUUCGCGGCUCGAGUUCGCCGCGAUCGAUACUCCACGACUCGAGACACCCUGGACGACCGAUCAUAAAGGGAUUACCAAAUAUAUCGAGCAUCGGAGCGUAAGCUCCCGAACGCGAAGAACGAGCGGCGAAUGCGUUAAACGGCGGAACCAAACAUUCGGGAGAGUCUCCGACAAGC